UUGCUGACCGCUGAUUGAUAUUUAAAACAUCGCCCGUGUUUCAAAAUAAAUAUGCGACGGGUUUCUUCGCGCAUGCGUAUAUCAAGCAUCAAUGUCAGAGACUUGUCGCUUAUAUGUGCUUCAAAUUGAGUACACAGUCGAGAUGGGCAUGGCUCCAUCCAUAGUAUAUGAUCUAAGCUCCAAGACAAUUUCAACAACUCUAUGUGAUUCGAGUAGACGUCAAUAACAUUUUUAUAACUGCUGUGUAUUGUCUUCUAGAAAAUAAAGCGUUGUCAACAUAUGAAUACAUGCUAACAACUUUAUUAAAAAAAUGUGAAGAAAACGAUAUAUGUCUGGAUCCCUUACAUAUACAAUAUACAUGUAGACUUUGAACGUGCCAUCAUAACAGCCAUUAAACAUGUUCUUGGAGAACAUUGUUUUUAUCAUUUGACGCAAUCUACAUACCGUAAAGUUCAGGAAUUUGGAUUGUAAUUAUUGUAUAAAGAAAAUGAAGAAUUUUCUGAAUUUUGUGGCUAAAUGGACGGACUUGCAUUUUUACCAAUCGAGGAUGUAAAGAAAGGUAUGAUAUAUUUACGUACGAUUGUAUCUUUUGAUGCCGAACAAUUACUGGAUUAUUUUGAUAAAACCUACGUCAACGGUACAUAUCGACGAAUUCAAUGUAAUAGCACCUGUGGUGCAACUUUUCGAAAUAAUCCACCUUUAUUCCCAAUACCAUUAUGGAAUGUCCAUGCUGCAACUAUUAAUGAUGAAGCUCGAACUAACAAUAGCACUGAGGGUUGGAAUCAUCGUUUUAGUAAACUUGUUGGACAAAAUCAUCCAACAGUUUGGACAAUGGUAAAUAAAAUACGGUUGGAAAUAGCAGCAGAUGAAACAAAAUUGGCACAAUCGUCAUUAGUUUUACAAUAUGACAAAAUUGCGUUCAGUAGAAGUAGUAGAACCAAUUUUGAACUGUUGAUUUUUUUAUAAAGUGAAUUGACUCGAGGUUAAAAUGUAAAAACAAUUAUUGAAAAAUUUUCUGUAGCUAAUAGAAGAUAAGUAUUGAUUUAAUAUUGAAUAUUUAAUUUAUUUGUGUAUUGUUAGUAGCCAUCCGGUUUAUUAAUUAAUGGUGCGGGGGUCUGAGUAACUUAUAAAAUUUUAGACCCCCCCCCUCAAAAAAAAAUUGGCCCUACUUCUAAAUGUUCUAAUACAUAUUAUAUCAAUGUAUCAAUGUUACAAAAAUGUAAAAAUUGUAAUAAUA